AUGCCGAUUUGGCUCGAACGAUUACCGUCUCCCAAUGCUUUGCCACGGCUGUUGACGGUAGCGAAGGUUCCGUUUUAUCGUCAGAAGAACAAGAAUGGUGUGGAAGUAGAGAUCCGCUCUACGGCUCUAGGGUUCAUGUUGUCCGCGCAUGGCAAUCAAAUUGGGAAAAGCAGCUCGCUACUUUCACUGGGUCAAAGAGCGCCGUUCAGCUGCUACUCCGUCAAAUUCAGCCCCUUCUACGAGGAUCGCCUCGCUGUCGCCGCCGCCCAGAACUUCGGUAUCAUCGGCAACGGCCGUGUCCACGUCUUCUCCCUUUCCGAGAUCAUAUCCUUCGACACGGCCGGCGGCGUCGACGAUCUCGCCUGGUCCGAAUCCCACGACUCCCUUCUCAUCGCCGCCGUCGCCGACGGCUCCGUCGGCUCUUCGACACCAACCUCCCGCCGCCGCAGAACCCGCUCCAAUCCUUCCAGAAGCACACGCCGGCGUCUUCGCCUCUGCCUCCGGCUAUUGCACGGUGAGGGUUUGGGAUGUGCGCGAGCCGGGAUCCACGAUGAGCCUGGCUCAAAUACAGUUGAGUAUUGGCUUAAAGGCAGCAAGCUAAAGAGUCGUGCUUACGAAGUACAAGACCGAGGAGUCACGAGGGAAUAUCGGCUAGCUAUCCUGUAA